AUGCCGCGUAGCAAAUGUUUUGCAGCGCUGGCACUGGCAUUGACAGCGAGAACAGCAUGUGAGGAGAUUGCGCUGGGAGGUCUGGGGCUCCCAGGAAGAAAUUUGGUUUCAGUUCUAGUGGCUUUCGUGGACUAUGAGAAGAACUGGAACGCUUCCUUGGUGAUGCGGCUGGGUCCUCCCAUAGUCGCAAUUCCUGGUGGUGUGCAUCCAAAUGCAAUCAUUGGAAUGAUUGGUCCAACCUAUUCAUCGGUUUCGAUGCCCGUUGCCACUGUGGCUGCAGUGCGGAAGGUUGUUCAGCUAUCCUGCUGUGCAACAAGCCCUGCAUUAUCCAACAAGGACUCAUACCCCUUCUUUCUUCGAACUGUGCCACCAGACAGCCUUCAGGCUCGUGCCUUAUGGAGCUGGAUUCUGCAGUUUGAGGUUCCUAUGGCAGGUUGCCUCUAUUCUGCAGAGAGCUAUGGUCAAGGUCUCUUCGAUGCUCUCAAGGAGCUUGAACGAAGCCAUGGUCAACAAGACCGUGUGCAGGGCCAAGCACUCCGCAACAUGGAACGGGAAUUUGUUGCAGAGGAGGCCCGUACUGCGGUCAGGCUUGUGAAGCAGAUUGGCUCCCGUUUUAUCAUCCUGCUCAUCUCCUGGCAUUUGGCUGCAGACCUCAUUGACGUUCUGGAGCAAGAGGAGAUGUUAAGCCCGGCUUGGCAGAUCCUGGCCUCCGAGACGAUGCACAAUUUCGCCUCGAGCUUCAAAAGGGGUUUCAUGUAUUUUCAGCCUUCGGCUGAAGGUGAAAAGUUCUCAGACGUUCAGAAUCUAUGGUCCCUACUUGCGCCACAGGACAUUCAUGGCCUGGAUCACGUGAGGAUGCCUGUGGGCUUUCUUGGGGACGAGCCCUUCGGCGCAGGUGAGGCGGCACAGAUGGGUCCAAGUGAUGCAUUUAAUUUUGAUGCAGCCUAUGCUUACAUCAUUGCCAUCAACCAGCUUCUUCAUUUGGGAAGAGAUCCCAGUGAGAUACAAGGCCAAGUUCUUUUGGAGGAGAUGCGUCGAUUGCGUUUCACCGGCGCCUCAGGUGAGGUCAGUUUUGAUGAGAACGGCGACCGUUUUGGCACCUAUCAACUCAUUAACAUGCAGGGCGAGGGCGGCACAAGGGCGAUUGUCACAGCCUCCUACAGCUCUCUCACUGCGAAUUUCCAAUUUCUCAAUCAGUUGGUGUGGACGGAUGGUUCAGUGGGGAUGCUGCCCCCUCCAGAACUGCAUGCGUGUGACCCCGGUUUCUACCAGGAAGGGGAGUCCAGACAAUGCAAGAAAUGUCCAAGGGGCAUGUUCUGCGUCGGGGGGUCUACUCCUUUGCCUACGUCCUGUCCGAGAGGUGCGUUUGCUCCUGACAUUGGAAUGAUGAAUUGUACUCCCUGUCCUAGAGGUAGCUUUGCCCUGGACGCAGGCUCACUGGAAUGCAUUCCUUGCCCGCCUGGCACUGAGGGGCCGCAGGAAGGUAUGGAGACAUGCACCAGGUGCAGCUCAGGUUUCUACAUGCCAUCAGCUGGGAGCUCUCAAUGUUUGCCUUGUGGAAAGAUGCAGAUGACUCCACAGAUUGGUUCCACAAGCGAGACUGACUGCCGCUGUCCGGAGCAUUCCUUCAUGUGCGGGGAGCGAGGUUGCAUACCGUGUCCCAGCGGGCUGUAUUGCCCUGAAGGUUUGGGUCCUCCUGAACAGCAGGGUGGUUUCUGGGCAGACCCAAACGUUUCCCAAUGCGACUUCUCUGUCUUGCGCUGCCGAGAUCAGUUUGAGUGCCCUCCCGGAAUGUUAGGAAGAUGCUCCGUCGGGAGAGAGGGGCUAGCUUGUAACAACUGCCAGGCCAGCCACUAUCCCCAAGGCUCAGUAUGCGAGCAGUGCCGGGAGGGCGACACGCUGCCGGUCAUUUUGCUCAUCCUGUUCCUCCUUUGUGUCUUGUUCUUCAUCAGUGUUUCACGCUGGGACCCGAGCCAGGUGAGUUUGAACACGGUGACGGCGGCUUCAGUCACCGGCCAGCUCAUCAUGGCUAUGCAGGCAUUGGGUUCCAUCCGGGAACUCUCAAUCCAAUGGCAGCAACCAGUAAGGACAUUGAUCGACCUCACCAAGAUCAUGAUGUUCGACUUCCAUUUCGUCCGAACUUCUUGCUUCUUUGGAACAGACAGUCCAGUGCUGUAUUUUGUCAGUCGCCUGCUCACAUGUCCCAUUGCUUGCAUUCUUCUAGUAUGCAGUUGGGUGCUGAACAAGAUGCUCGGGCGGCGCAAACCAUUCAACACUGUCAUGAACCAGUGUGGAUUGUUGAUCUUCGCUUUCUUCCUGUCCAUCACCCGCAGCACACUGAUUCCUUUUCAGUGUGUGACCAGCCCAAAUGGAAGUAGCUCAAUGUUGCUGCACCCGGGCAUUAUUUGUUUUGAGUCGAAAGAUCAUGCACUUUUCGUGUGGCUUGCAGUUGCAGGAAUAGUGACUCAGCCUGUGGCCGUCCUUGGGUUGGCAACCUAUGUCAUUUGCAGCUAUCCAUCGCAAGUAGCCAGUGGGAAGGGGCAGCGCUUCGCAACUCGAUACCGCUUCCUGCUCCACCGAUUUAAGCCUGAUGCGUACUACUACGGCUUGGUGCUGCUCUAUCGUAAUGCUUUGGUUGCUCUGAUGCCUACUGUUCUGGUUGGUAUUCCGGAAGUUCAAGUGCCACUCAUGGGCAUGAUCUUGAUUGCCGUCCAGAAUCUUCAGAUCCACACAGCUCCAUGGCGCACAGGGUUGGCCAAUCUGGUGGAUGUUCUUUUGACCGACCUUCUUCUGGUAAUUUUACUGAGCGCUGGGCCCUUGCUACUGACAGACAAGACACAGUCCGCAACAGUGCUUGGCUGGCUUCUUUGCAUACCAGUUCUUUCCAUGUUGCUUGUGGCUUUAGUUGGAUUUGCAAAGUUGGCCCUAAAGCAUCUUCAGCGGAAUACAAAGCUUUAUGGUAUCUUCCUAUGCCAUCACAAGGCCGGUGGGGGCAGCCUGAGCCGCUUGCUGAAGAUCCUGAUUAGUCAGCACUCAUCAACUCGAGUGUUUUUGGAUAGUGAUGAGUUGGAAAACUUGGACAUGCUGUUUGACAUCGUACGAACGUCAACCAAAAACCUGGUGGUUGUGCUGACCCCAGAACUAUUGUCCAGAAGCUGGUGCACAAAAGCUAAUCCCAACACUCUGGACCCCUCACCAGAAGGUUCAGCUGGCAAGUUAUGGGGUGGAAAUGGAUGA